AUGCUUUGCCCUUUCCAAAUUUCCCCAAAGCUCUCUCGCCAUAUCGUUGUUAUCUCACGCGCCGCCGCAGGCCUCGCCGCCGGCAAUUGUGUUUACGCUUUCUUCUUCCCUCUCCUCCACUAUCCAAAAAAAACCAGAAAAGAUAAAAAUCGUCGCUUUAUUUUUCCGGUUUACUGUUCUGGUGUGUCGUUUUGUUUUUAGGGUUUUCUAUUUGCUUUUGCAGUGAAAUUUCGAGAGGGGAGGGAAGAUUGAAGAAAAUCCAAAAAAAGAGAAAAAUUAAUUUCAAAAAAGAAACAAAAAAAGAGUGUGUGUGUGUGUUUUUGUUUUGUUUUUUUGGUGAGAGAAAUGGCUCAGGUUCAGCUUCCGACACAGACAUCGAACGGUUCGGUAGCGGCGGCUCCUCCGGCGUCGGGUGCCCAGUUCGGUACGACGUCGCUUUAUGUCGGGGAUCUGGAGGCGAACGUGACCGACUCGCAGCUUUUCGAUGUCUUUAGCCAAGUGGGUCAGGUGGUUUCGGUUCGUGUCUGUCGUGAUUUAGCCACCCGGAGGUCGCUUGGUUAUGGAUACGUCAACUUCAGCAACCCUCAAGAUGCUGCAAGAGCGAUCCAAGAACUGAAUUUCAUGACUCUUAAUGGAAAGUCCAUUAGGGUCAUGUAUUCUCAUCGUGAUCCUAGUAUCCGUCGAAGUGGUCAAGGAAACAUUUUUAUCAAGAAUUUGGACAAGUCCAUCGACCACAAAGCACUGCAUGAUACCUUUUCUGCAUUUGGGAACAUUCUCUCCUGCAAGGUGGUUACCGAUUCUUCAGGGCAAUCAAGAGGCUAUGGGUUUGUGCAAUAUGACAAUGAGGAAUCUGCCCAGAGAGCUAUAGGGCAAUUGAAUGGCAUGUUGCUGAACGACAAGCAAGUGUAUGUGGGACCCUUCCUCAGGAGGCAAGAAAGAGAAUCCGCUGUGAACAAAACGAAAUUCACCAACGUGUUUGUGAAGAAUCUUGCAGAAUCCACUACUGAUGAUGACCUGAAGAAUAUUUUUGGCGAGUUUGGACAGAUCACAAGUGCUGUGGUAAUGAAGGAUGGAGAUGGGAAGUCGAAGGGAUUUGGGUUUGUUAAUUUUGAGAGCGCUGAUGAUGCUGGUAACGCAGUGGAGUCUCUCAAUGGGAAAACGUUUGAUGAUAAGGAAUGGUAUGUUGGUAGAGCGCAGAAGAAGUCUGAGAGAGAAAUGGAGCUGAGGCUUCGGUAUGAGCAGAAUAUUAAGGAAGUUGCUGAGAAGUUUCAAGGUUCAAACUUGUAUGUAAAGAACUUAGAUGACAGCAUCUCCGACGAGAAGCUUAAAGAACUCUUCUCUCCUUUUGGCACCAUCACAUCAUGCAAGGUGAUGCGGGACCCUAGUGGAGUUACCAAAGGCUCAGGUUUUGUAGCUUUCUCGACUGCUGAAGAGGCCACCAAAGCUAUGUCGGAGAUGAAUGGCAAAAUGAUUGUAAGCAAACCUCUCUAUGUUGCUAUUGCUCAGCGGAAGGAAGACAGAAGGGCCAGACUGCAGGCCCAGUUUGCCCAAUUGAGGCCGGUGAUGCCGCCAUCUGCUGGUCCUCGUAUGCCGAUGUAUCCCCCAGCUGGUCCUGGCAUCGGACAGCAGAUAUUCUAUGGCCAAGCUCCCCCUUCCACCAUGAUUCCUCCUCAGCCUGGGUUCGGCUACCAGCAGCAGCUUGUUCCUGGAAUGAGACCUGGCGGUUCACCCGUUCCCAACUUCUUCAUGCCAAUGGUUCAGCCAGGCCAGCAGCGUCCUGGAGGAAGACGUGGUACCCAGCAGCCAGUUCCCAUGAUGCAGCAACAGAUGCUUCCAAGGGGCCGGAUGUACCGGUACCCACCUGGGCGCGGAAGCCCGGAUGCCCCCCCUGCCAUGUCUGGAAUGCUUCCAUACGAAAUGACCAACAUGCCACUGCGAGAGCCCGUGCUCUCUCAUCAGCCUGUUCCUAUCGGAGCGCUGGCUUCUGCUCUUGCUAAUGCUACUCCCGAGCAGCAGAGAACGAUGCUGGGAGAGAAUCUGUACCCGAUGGUGGAGCAGGUGGAGCCGGAAGCGGCAGCUAAGGUGACAGGGAUGCUGCUGGAGAUGGACCAGACCGAAGUGCUGCACCUGCUGGAGUCGCCGGAAGCUCUCAAGGCCAAAGUGGCUGAGGCCAUGGAUGUUCUUAGGAGUGUUUCCUCCGGUGGUGCGGUUGCGGCCGAGCAGCUCGCUUCCUUGUCCCUCAGCGACAACAUCCUUUCUUAAAAAAAUAUCUGUUUGGUUUUUUUUUUUUUGGGAUUUGCUUGAUUAGUUUGAUUGGGUCUGUGUGAAACUAAAAAACAAAACUUUUAGAUUUUGUUAAGGUUUGUGUUUGAUACAGUUUGAUUGAAUCUGUGCAUUGACGAUGGUGUCGAACACUUUACAGUUCCAAUCUUGUUGGAAGACUCUCCAAUAUUACAAUGGAUUCUGCA